ACUGUUGAGAUGGGUCUGAAGGGGGCAUGGUGUUUCCCAUGGUUCGGGUGCCGGAGACAGCGAGGGACUGAAAGAGAAGCAGGCAUGGGUCCUGCUACCCCUCCAGAUCCCAGUCCAGCUAUUGCCCCCAUCAUGGCUGAGGGAGGGGUACCCUCGCCAGGGCCUGGUGCCUACUUCAGCAGGAAAGCCCGACUCUCCUUCCGCCACCAGCUGCAUGACAUGGCAUCGGCCAAUGACUCCACCAUCUGAAGGGGACAACGAGGAGCUGAACCUCUGGGAAGGCUGAGCAAGCUUCCUUCCCCAGACUGCUCAGCGACUCCAAUCUCCACUUCCUCAAGUCCUUUCUAACCUUCUUAUUAAAUAUGUUCAUAGUUGCUAA